AGGUCUAAGAUCCUGAGUAAUCGGGCAUGUGUGUGGUAGAUCAUCGCAAUACGUACAUAUGUUAUUUGAUAUAAUGAAGAGACAUAUUUCCGAUGGCAGCUUUUGUUAUUCACUGUUCUUUUUUUUUUUGCUGUUACACGACGAGUCUUGAAGCAUUAUAGGUGGAGCAAAGACAAGCCUAAUCAAAUCGAAAAUGUCUGAUUGCAGCAAGGACAAUAACUGGCCAGUGGGAUCCCAUCAGCACCAUUUUAGUGGUAGUAGUGAUCGUGUGCCAACUGGAGUACGCUUGUUUCUUCAUCGAAACUCGGUGCUCGUGGCGUUAAGCGAUUCUGUCAUGAUCAGCUUUGCUGGGUCGGCUUGGCUCCAGGUGGCCCACGGCAGUGUACGCGUGUUCGACGUUCGCCUUCGUCCAUCCGAUGGUCCUGUGCAUGUGCAGUCAGUACCUGGAAGUUGCUUGCUGAUAAAAAACGCGAACUCAUAUGGCAACAAUAGCAGUAACAACAUCAGUCUAGGCCUGUACGACCGAAUGCAGCUGAUGGGUGCGGGUCUAGCGUUUGAUAAAGCCGGUGAAUUAAUUAAACGUUUCCCACGAAAAACAAUCAUCAUCCUCCAUGGACUUGGUACAGCGGAUCGAUACAGCAGCUUAAAGCCGAAUUUCCACCUUGCCACUGACUCUACUCCGGAGAACAUGUGGUCCGACUGCCGUUUCUACGUUACGCCAGUCGACGUCGGUUGGUUGCCGAACUAUUCCAACAAACAAUUGGACAUCUUGGUGACAAACUUCAUAAAGGCAUCAACUCGGACCGUGAUACGAGUCGCCAUUGUUGGUUCUAGGAACUCAGGCAAAUCAUCGACGAUGCGUGUCCUCUGCAACCGAAUUCUACACUCAUCGAGCGAUGACCAGCCGCAGUCUCAAACCGAUGGCGGCGGCGGGCCCCCUUCGCAGAAGACUGUACCGAUUUUUGUCCUCGACUUGGAUCCUGGUCAGACCGAGUUCACGCCUUCGACUUGUGUAUCCCUCGUCGAAGUCAACUGUCUACUGAUGGGUCCGCCUGGUGCUCAUCAGAUAAAGCCACGCAAAUCUUUAUUAGUUGGUGACAGCACCGCGGGUGCGCGACCUGAAUCGUAUGUAGCGGCAGUGAAUAGUUUGAUGUCGUACGUAAACAACGAGCUCACCUUUAAUCAUAUUCUCAUUGUAAAUACCAUGGGUUGGCUGAACGGAAUCGGCGACCUUCUGCUUGGGACGGUACUCGAUAUCGUUAAACCUUGCAAAGUUCUUGCCACCUCAGAGGGGAUUGAGCUGCCUACCAUGGCCUGGCCGGCAAAGCAUGUACAGAUUGAUGCUCCGAUUGUGUAUUUGAAAAAAAUUGAGGGGUUGUUCAUACAAGAUUCGUACACAAAACCGGUGAAACCUGCGGAGCACCGAAAAGCGACUAUUAUCAACUACUUCGGUGGCCUCAGCUUGCUAAGCAAGAAAACAAUCGCUUUGCCAUGGAAUUCCGUCGCGCUUCAUGAAGUCUCAGGGCUCUGUCCACCUCAAGAGUUGCUUCGCCUUAUAAACGCUAACGUGGUGGCACUCUGCAACGCUGCAGAAGAUACAAUUUGGAAAAGCAAGUCAGAUCCAACAGUUCCGAUGCUGCUACGAGAAACCUCCGGCACCCGGGACGAACCAAUGGAAUGUUUGGGUUUCGCAUUUGUUCGAGCCGUCGAUAUGUUACGAAAGACAAUCUACCUAAUAACGCCGGAAUCUGAGGAAACUGUUCGAUCUGCCAACGCGCUGGUACAUUGUACGGGGCUGAACGUGACAGAUUAUCUGGUGACAAACCAGAACAGGGGUAGUCGGCAAGGCCCGGCACCGUAUUCUCUAAGUACUGACACACCUCGACCUAUUUGGGAAUUGUAAAGCAAACAUUUGGUUCAUACCUGAUCAUUGCAUUAAACUAUCCAGGGUAAUUAAUAAUAGUAAAGAUUAAUAUUAUAUGCUGCUGUACUAUUGCAAGCGCAAUUAGAAAAGGGGAUGUCCGUUGCUGACAGUUACGUUGUAUAAAUCGGCCGGUAAUCUGUUUAAAACAGUGAUUACAGAGUUCAUUACGAGUGAGUGCAUAACAGCUGCUCGUGUUAUUUUGCACUCAUUUACCCGUGUUAUGCAACUGGGAGUGUGAUUAUGCCAUAGAGUGAUGAGUAUGGUAGUAAUAUGCCCAACGAAGUGAUGUAAUUUCUUGGCGCUCUACUUGUAUCAACAUUUGAUAUAUUUUACGUGCGGUUUGCGAUGAUGCAUCGUUAAGGUUCAUUUCUAAACAUCAUCCGGUAAUGAUAAAAACCUGAAUUCGUCUGUAAGUGGUGCAUUUAGAUUAAUUUUGUGUAAUUAGCGGCCAACUUUAAUAGAUUGAGAGUUCCAGUUGCCCAAGGUCAAUCGAAUACUUACUUAUCUCCUACUUAUUUUAUAAUAACUAGGAAAUGGCAUGACUUUGACUGUUUAAUGGCAAAAUUUACCUUGUCUACGGUCCCUUUUGACUUAAAGGUUACAGCUCGACGAUGUGUGCUUGUUCUUGAGGAUUUCAUUGUGAGCUGCUUUGUCAAGACUUGCGUUUUACGACUGCAAUGAUAGUUUCGGCGGAAGUGGCGUGAAAUUCUUCAGUCAGUAUGUCUACAGUUACAAAGGUUGAAAAUUCAAUUUUAUUUGUGCAGUUAUCAAAUAAGAUAGUGGAAAACGUAUACAAUGGAUUAUUCGAAGUGUAAAUUAUUGGUAGUAAACUGGCUUUACGGAUACGCCUGAUUAUCGGAAGGCGAAAUAAAUGUAAGCGUUACAUCAAAUAAAAUAGUGAAUAUAUGAAUGUCAGAAGCUUCGUAUUGCUACAUAUACAGUGCCGUCGGACACCCUAUUACCUGUGAUGUGCCAAACUCUAAAAGCCUUAUGGGUCUUUUUGAAAUAUGCAGCGUUGAUUUAAAAAUCAUGAACUUGUCUGGUUCUGGUACCCAAAAGUGCCAUUCUCGUAAAAUGUCUUAAAAUACCAUAGUGAAAAAAUACAUUUCCUGAUAAUAAAACGGUAAAGCUGGUAAAUGUAGGUGAAGCGCUAGUACUGUGUGGCAAAAUAAUUAAAGUUAAACGUCCGUCAAAGACACCAAAAAACCUUAGAAAAAAUCUGGGAAAUAUCAGCUUUAAAAAUAUGAAAUCGUUUUUAACCUAAUUAUAAGGACCUUUGUCUAUACUUAUUGUCCUCUAUUUCAUUAGUUUAUCCAAAGGGCCUGCAAAAA